CCUUGCCUUCGGCUCCGGGCGACUCUUCCCGGCGAAACCCACCCAAGCAGUAGCCGAAGCAGCAGCAGCAGGCGCCGAAAUCGCCAGCAGGGAGAAACCCUAAAGCUGAGCGAACCAGAUCGAGGGAGGGAGGAGGGAGAGAGGGAGGGGGGAAAGAGGGAGGGAGGCAAGGAGGGAGGGCUGCCGAGGGGGCUGUUUUCCUCCCUCUCCCUCCCUCUUUUUUUUUGGUGGCGCUCUCUCUCUCUCUUUCUCUCUCUGUCUCCCCCUCCGUCGCCGCUUGUUGUGGCUGUUAAAUUUUAAACUGCCAUGCACUCCGCUUCCAGUAUGCUGGGAGUCGUGAAAAUGGAAGGACACGAGCACGCGGAGUGGAGCAACUACUACGCCGAGCCCGAGGGCUACUCCAGCAUGAACGCCGGCCUGGGCAUGAACAGCUACAUGGGCAUGGCGGCGGGCAACAUGGCAGCGGCGGCAGCCUCGGGCGGCUCCUCCAUGGGCAUGGCCUACGCGGGGGGCAUGAGCCUGUCCCCGGGCGCGGGGGGCAUGGCUGGCAUGGCGGCCCACCUCAGCCCCUCCGGCCUGAGCCCUCUGGGCGCCGGGGCGGGCUCCAUGGGCGCCUAUUCGGCCCUGAGUCCCGUGGGCGGCGGCGGGGGCCCUUACGGCGGCGGCGGAGGCGGAGGCGGAGGACAGGGCCCCGUGGGAGUGGGCCUGUCCCGGGCCCGCGACGCCAAGAGCUACCGCCGGAGCUACACGCACGCCAAGCCGCCCUACUCGUACAUCUCUCUCAUCACGAUGGCCAUCCAGCAGUCGCCUAACAAGAUGCUGACGCUGAGCGAGAUCUACCAGUGGAUCAUGGACCUCUUCCCCUUCUACCGGCAGAACCAGCAGCGCUGGCAGAACUCCAUCCGGCACUCGCUCUCCUUCAACGACUGCUUCCUCAAGGUGCCCCGCUCGCCAGACAAGCCCGGGAAAGGCUCCUUCUGGACCCUCCACCCGGACUCCGGGAACAUGUUUGAGAACGGGUGCUACCUCCGGAGGCAGAAGCGCUUCAAGUGCGACAAGCCGCCCGGUUCCAAGCAACAGCAGCAGCAGCAGAGCGGCUCCCCGGCGGCUUCGUCGUCGUCCUCCGGGGGACACGGGAAGAAGCCCCCGGCUCAGUCCGCCCCGCAGGAGGCCAACGGCACCCCGGAGUCGCCCCACGCCAGCGCCUCGCCCUGUCAGGAGCACAAGCGCGGCCUGGGCGAGCUCAAAGGCCACCCGGAGCCGUCCCCGUCGCCCGCCCAGCAGCAGCAACAGCAGCAGCAGCACAUGCUGGCCCAGCACCACGCCGGGCUCUCCCACGAGGCCCACCUCAAGGCCGAGCACCACUACGCCUUCAACCACCCCUUCUCCAUCACCAACCUGAUGUCCUCGCCCGAGCAGCAGCAGCAGCACGUGCCCCACGCCCACGCGCACCCCCACGCGCACCAGCACCCCCACGCGCACCCGCACCAGCACGUGCCCCACCACAAAAUGGACCUCAAGGCCUACGAGCAAGUCAUGCACUACACCAGCUACGGCUCGCCCGUGGCCGGCAGCCUGGGCAUGGGCCCCGUCACGAACAAAAGCGCCCUCGAGGCCUCGCCCUUGGGGCCCGACGCCGCCUACUACCAAGGGGUCUACGCCAGGCCCAUCAUGAACUCGUCCUAAAGAGGCGGCUCCCUCCUUUCCCUUCCCUUGUCCACUGAUCGACCUCUUUUCCACGCGGGGACAUAGACACGCGUGGGCCUGCUCGCAGGACACGGACACGCGUGGGCUCCCUUUUCUUUCUCCUCCAACCAAGACUUUGCUGGGAGGGAAGGAACUUGGGGCCCAGAGAGCGACCCAUUUCCCCACCCACCCAAAACAAAAAAACACGUCCACACACACUCCAAGUCCAGAGGACUGGGGGAAAAAAAACUUUUGUGGGGGAAAAAAGUUUCUAGAACAAGACAGACAAACGGAGAGGGGGAAAAACACUAUAAACGUUGGCAUCUUGACCACCACGUCGAGUCCAUGUUUGCUGUUCUGUAACUUUCCAAGCCCUCUCUUGUGGCUCUUCUUUCUCCUUGACUUGGAGGGGGAAAGAUUGGGGGAAAAGAGAAUCCUCCUCCCGAGGAUCUUCGUCUCCCCCAGUUUUCGGAUUUUCUUCGAGGUUUCUUUCCUUUACGCGAUUCCUUGUACGUUUUUUCUUUCCUUUCAGUCGCAGGGAGUUCUUAUAAGUAUAUAUAUACACAUAUCUAUUUUUGGGGUGUGUGGCAGUGAGGGCGAAUUGAGUGCGUGUGCGUGCAGGUAUGUGUGCGUGUGUGUGUGAAUCCAUGCUAGAUUUGGAAACUGAGGAUCAAAGAAAGGCUGUAGUCUUGCGAAGUCGUGGGGGAAGAGAGAGAGAGAACGAGAGAAAUGAAGGACUUUGAGGUUAUUGUUAUUUCCACCCACGAAGGGUUUGAUGUGGCCGGGAAAGGGAAAAACGACUCUCGGAUCGAAUUAAUUUAUCGUUUCUGUACGCUUUAUUUAUGGCUUUUGAACCUGUAUUCUGGUAACGACCCACCAAACCCCCCACGAUCCUAUAUUAAAAUGCUGUUGGAGAUUCCCUUCUC